UUGACCGUCAAAGCGCUCGUGCGUUGCCCUUGACUGUCAUAGACCCACGUGACUUUUAGCUAAUGGGAAGCUAACAGCUAGCUAACUAGUCCAGGUGGUUGAGGAGAACCCGGGGCAGAGAAUCUUUCCUGAAGUCGUUUAGUUUACUUUUUAACCAUCAGCUGCGUUGGGACAAGAUGUCCGCCAACUGUAAGUCUCUCCUGUUUCUACUGCAGCGGUGUGUCGCAGUUAGACAGCUGCCUCUAACUGCAGCCAUCAAAACAAGAAGCAGCGUGCUGUCCGGCGUCUGGUGGAGCCACAUUCAGCAGCGAGCAUGGAUUUCUGACAGAGCCACGGUCCGUCAGCUCCAGCCCGGCCUGAGAAGCAUCCAGCACCGGUUCUGCACCAAGGCUGGGUCGCCAUGCGAAGAGGAAUACCCUCCUCUGCCAGACUAUCAGACUGAUUCGCAGCCACAAACCAAAGAGGUUUACCUGGUGCAGGUGAAGGGUCUCCUCUGGUCCUGCACGGCACAGGACCUGCUGCAGUUCUUCUCAGACUGCAGGAUCCGUGAUGGGGAGAAGGGGAUCCACCUGACUCUGGACCGGCUGGGAAGGCCGACGGGACGCGCCUUCAUCGAGAUGGAGCACGAGGAAGACGUCAGCAAGGCUCUGGAGAAGCACAGGCAGUACCUCGGUCCACGCUACGUUGAAGUGUAUGAGGUGACAAACAGCGACGCUGAGGAGAUCCUGCAGAAAUCAGCUGAGGCGCGGGGUGACGAAGACGUGGUGCUGCUCAGAGGGCUGCCCUUCUCCUCCAAGGAGGACGACAUCGCUCGCUUCUUCUCAGGUUUCAAUAUAGCUGAGAACGGGAUCACCAUGGUUACCAACUCCAGGGGGAGAAACUCUGGACAAGCGUACGUACAGUUUUCCUCUCAGGAGGAAGCCAAGAGAGCUCUGCAGAAGGACAGAGAGCUUAUUGGACACAGAUACAUCGAGGUGUUUCCCAGCAGCAUGGAAGACGUCCAGUCCGCCUUGAGGAAAAUGAGGACCAUUCCGAUUCCAAAUCCAAAUCCAAAUCCGCCCCAGAAUGCGAACUGGAGACCAGUUCCUGACUCCCAGACCCACUACAGAGCUGCUUCCCACCAGAUGUCGCAUGCGCCGGCGCAUUACAUCCACAUGCGAGGGCUUCCCUUCCACGUCACUGGAGAAGACAUCGUGAAGUUCUUCUCGCCGCUCGUCGUGUCAAAGAUCCUGGUGGAGUUCGGACCCAGCGGACGGCCGAGCGGUGAGGCCGACGUCUUCUUCCGCUGCCACAGGGACGCGCUGGACGCCAUGUCUAGGGACCGCAUGAACAUGGGGCAAAGAUACAUCGAGUUGUUCCUGAACUCUGUGCCAGACUAUUGACUGACGGUGAGAAAAUCCAGAAGUUUUAUGUUUUCCUACAGAAGAAGAAAUCCUCAAAUGUUUCAGCUUUAAAGUUCAAUAAAGUUCUUUUUUGGAAGAUUUUUCUAAACAACCUAA